UCUUCUUCGCAGUGGCGGCUGCAAUGGCGCAGCCACCGUCGGGGCUCCUGAAGCUUCUGAAAUCGGAGAAGAGUCUAACUAAAGUUCUGAAUCUACUCAACGCUGCGAGUGGGGACGCUAAGUACAAGAUUUCAGAUAGUGUGUUCUACCACGUACUCCACCGCCUCUGCCGCUCCAAUGAUCCGAAACUGCUGCCUAAUGCUGCACGGAUUGUGGAGGUUAUUCGGCUCCAGCAAUGUCCUUGCUCUGAAGACACUGCCAUAGCUGUUUUGAAACUGUAUUCUCGAAACCAGAUGGUGGAAAGCGCGGUUGAACUUUUCCAGAAGAUGAAGGAGGUUUUCGGCUGCGAACCGGGAGUGAGGUCGUAUAAUUGUUUGAUGAACGCCUUUGUGGUCUCGAAUCAAUUGAGCAAGGCUGAGAUAUUCUCCAGGAAUCUGCGAAGAAUGGGGGUAUCUCCGAAUCUGGAAACUUUUAAUAUCUUAAUCAAACUCGCAUGUAAAAAGAUGGAUUUCGGAAAGGCGAAAGAAAUGAUAGAUAGAAUGUGGGAAGCGAAUGUUCUUCCUGAUGUUUAUAGUUACGGCGCUUUGAUCGACGGGCUUGCAAAAGGGGGCGAUUUGAACUACGCAGUUAAGGUGUUCGAUGAAAUGCUUGAGAAAGGCCUGAAGCCUGAUAUUAUGUGUUAUAAUAUUUUAAUAGAUGGUUUUUUCAAAAAACGUGAUUACAAUGGAGCUAAUCUGAUUUGGAAGAGGUUAGAGAAGGAUUCAUGGGUUUAUCCAAGUGUUGUCACCUACAAUAUCAUGAUUAAUGGCUUCUGUAAGUGUGGAAAGUUUGGUGAGAGCUUGAAAUUGCUAGAAAGGAUGAAGAUGAAUGAGAAGAAAGUGGAUAUGUAUACAUACAGCACUUUGAUUCAUGGGUGUUGGAAGUUUGGGGAUAUUGAUGGGGCCGAGAAGGUUUUUAAUCAAAUGGUUGAGAACAAUGAGUCACCUGACGCCGUCGUAUACAAUGCAAUGCUAAAUGGUUAUUUCGGGUCAAGAAUGGUUGGAAAGUGUUUGGAGCUGUGGGAAUUGAUGGGAAAGAAUGGCUGCCGAAGUGUCUCUAGUUUUAACAUAAUGAUGAAAGGGAUGUUCGAUAAUGGUAAGGUAGAUGAAGUUUUUUCGAUAUGGAAUCUUAUGAGGGAGAGUGGAUGUGUCGCUGACUCGACAUCUUAUGGAAUUUUAGUCCAUGGAUUGUGCAAGAAUGGUUACAGUAAUAAGGCUUUGGAAUUAUUGUCGAAUGCUAAGGAGGGGAAAGGCCGUAUUUUAGAUACUUAUGCUUAUGCGGCAAUGGUAGACGGGUUGUGCAAAGAAGGAAAGUUAUUCGAAGCCGUUUCUCUGCUAAAUGAUAUGGUUAGCAAUGGCUGUAAGCCAAAUGCUCAUAUUUACAAUUCUUUGAUAAACGGCUAUUUAGGAGUUGCUAAAUUCGAGGAUGCCGUUAAGGUUGUUAGAGAAAUGGUAAGUGCAAAUUGUUCUCCUACAAUCGUUACGUAUAACACGCUUCUUAAUGGCUUGUGCAAAGGUAAACAGUUCGAUAAGGCGCCGGAAAUAGUGAAGGAAAUGAUCAAGAAAGGGUGGAAGCCUGACGUGAUUACGUAUAGUUUGCUGAUAAAAGGGCUCUGUCUGGCGCAUAAAUCAGAAACGGCUCUCGAUUUAUGGACCCGAGUUACGGUUGAAGGUUUUAGACCCGAUGUACAGAUGCAUAAUACUUUCAUUCAUGGACUUUGUUCAGUUGGGAAAACACGACAAGCUUUGUCGUUGUACAUGGACAUGAACCGUUUGGGUUGUACGCCGAAUCUUAUUACGCACAAUACUAUGAUGGAGGGAUUCUAUAAAGAUGGUGAUGUAAGAAAUGCUUCGGGUAUUUGGGGCCGUAUGUUAAGGACCGGGCUGCAGCCGGAUAUUAUUUCUUACAACAUUACUCUUAAAGGUCUUUGUUCUUGCAAUAGAAUGUCGAGUGCUGUUUUGGUCUUAGAUGACGCCUUGAUGAGGAGAAUUGUUCCUACUGUCGUCACGUGGAACAUACUCGUUAGAGCUGUUAUUUACUCCGGUGCUCCAAGAUGAAUUAUCGAAUGGG